UUUGGGGGGUGGGGGGAACAGGGUCCCCAGGUGUGAACUUGGAAAGACGGGCUCCCUCCCUUCCUGCCAUGGAGAAACCCAUUUGCAAUUCGUCUCACAGCAAGAAGGCGAUCCAGCCCCUUCAUUAUCUUAGCAGGGCGGAAGCAGCAGCUAUUGAGAAGGAGCUCCUAGAAGAGUUUAGAUUUGGACAUCAGCAGUUAAUUGAGAUCUGGGGUCAUGCGUCUGCCAUGGCAGUGACCAAGGUUUUCCCCCGGCGUUCUCUUCCAAAGAAGCAGCCGACACUGUUGGUGAUCUGUGGUUGUGAGCAGAAUGGGGCAAUUGGCCUGGCGUGUGCCCGGCAUUUGCGUGUAUUUGAAUAUGAGCCAACUAUUUUCUAUCCCAAAACGUCUUCUAAUCCCCUCUACAGAGAUUUUACCACACAGUGCGAAAAGAUCGACAUUCCUUUCCUUUCCUAUCUGCCAACGGAGAUUCAGCUGAUCAGUGAUGCAUACAACCUGGUGGUUGACGCCAUGCUUGGUGUAGAAAGUCUGGGUGAACUGUCAGAGCCCUACUGCACAAUCUUGGCCACCCUCAAGCAAAUUCGGAUUCCUCUUAUCAGCCUGGAUAUCCCAUCUGGUUGGGAUGUGGAGACGGGCAGCAGUGAUGGAAUCAGCCCCGAUGUCCUUGUCUCCUUGGCGGCACCAAAGCAAUGUGCCACGAGAUUUAUGGGCAAGCACCACCUGGUGGCUGGGCGCUUCCUCCCCUACGAUGUGCAGAAGAAAUUUGAACUGAAUUUGCCAGAAUACCCUGGCACAGAGUGUGUGGUUUCUCUGUAGAGCCUGGAAUCAUCCAGCAGUUUGUGACUUCUGGAUUUCUUGGCCAUGCUAAGAACUCCCUGGUUUGUUCCUCUUGAAUGUCAAAUGAGAUCCCCAGUAUUAAUCAGUUCCAUAUCUAGGCUUUGGAAUGUAUAAUAGUAUCGUUUAAUCCAUUGUGAAAAUCUGGCAAAACCAUUUGGAAGAAACGGAACGCUCAAACUAUUGAGCCACCUAACAGAACCCCUCCGAUAAAUGUGAAUUAAAAGACACACACAUAAAUUCAUCCUCAAAUAUCUGUUAUGAGACCCAUUAAAAUUCAA